AUGAAAAGGAUGUUCUCCGCCGAGGAGCAAUCUACUUCCUCCCAGGCUCCCAUUGAUGCGGAAGCCGAUAGCGCAUCCUCGCCAGAGGAUGAGACGGUCGACCCCGAUGAUCUCUGUCCCAUCUGCCAUUCACUCAUCUACAAGCCGGUCCGAACCAGAUGUAAUCAUACUCUUUGCCAGUCUUGUAUGGCUCUGUGGGCGGAUGUGUCAGUCACAUCCCAAUUGACCGCCGUUGGACUCGACGAUGAGGUCGCUGUCAUGCUGCCUCACGAGAUCGAGACCCGUUGCCCCAUGUGUCGAACCUUUACCAUUUCGACCCUAGACCCGACCAGAGAACGAGCCCUUCAGCGAUUAUAUCCUGCCUCCUACCAGGCACGUGAGGCCGAGUCCCAAACGGCCGAGGAAGAUGGUUCUGCCUCUACUAUUGAGACGCUAACCGUAUACAUCGGAAACGAGCAUUCAGAGGUCAGAGCCGAGCAGGGGUCUAAUAACAAGCACCAUUGGAAGUUCUUCAUCCGACCUUCAAGAACUGACCUAAUUGAAGAGGUUCAAGUGUUCCUGCAUCCUACAUUCAGAAAUCCUAUAGUCGUUCUUGAAUGGCCACCAUACGAGAUCAGACGACUCGGAUGGGGGUUCUUCACCAUCUACGCCAAUAUCAUCUUGAAACCCGGCUACAGCUGGCUGAGUCCAGAGGCCGAAGGUACCCGAGACGGCGCGCCCAAAGGCAAGUUACCGCUGGAAUGGACAUUGGACUUUAAUGGCCGUGGAGCACAAGCGCGGAUCAGACUCAAGGUCAGAAAGGAGAAGGAGGGCGACGAAGCCGCACUAGACAUUCAAAGAGAACGCGUACGCAGGUCCUACGCCCGACAGCGAGAAACAGAUCCUGAUUGGGAAGAUACGUGA